GACAGAGUACGCCGAGGGGGUGGCUGGAUAUUCCAGAGAUUGAGCGUUUUGCCCGCGCAUGUAGGCUGCUUUUGUGAUUCGGGGCUGCUUUUUUUUAUAACAGGCUGGAGGUGUCGAUGUGGGCUUUCGGAUAUUUAAUAGCUCGAAAGUAGACCCACCACUUUAUCAAUCUCAAUUAUAAUUACGUGUACGAUGUGCUUUUUAUCGAGCUACAAUAUAGUCUGAACAGCGAUUACUCGGGCUACGCGAGCUGAUGGCACAAUAAAUUGUGUAUAUAAAUUCUCGGACGCGUGUCAAAGGCCAGGCGAAUAAAAAAUUGCGGUCGCAGAUAUAGUAGUGCUUUAUAUAAACGAGACUCGAUACAAAGAUAUUCCUAGUCUUUGAUCGGGUUUCGAGCGAAUCCGCGUUCAACAGCUUGUUUAUUCUGAAACAUGAAGAUCUUCGUAAUCGUGGCUCUCUGCGCUGUGGCUGUAUACGCGGAAGAGAACGAAGUGCUAAAACAGUACGAAAGAGAUUGCAUGACUGAGAAUGGAAUCGACCCAACCGUUCAAGACCCCAAGAAUCUGACUCUAGAAGAUGGAAACUGUUACUAUGCUUGCUACUUUAAAAAAUUCGGAAUCAUUAAAGAGGACGGUUCUUAUGACGUGGCGGCAAUCAAGGAAAAGUAUUCGAAGCCUAAUUCAGUAGAAGCAGUUCAGAAAAAGCUAGAUGAAAUCACGCAGACGUACUGCCAGGACAAAGUUGGAAAUCACUGCAAUCUAGCAGCUUGCCUUUCUAAAAUAUCAAAGGAACAGUGGAAAAUCUAAACGUGCGGGCUUGUCUCAAAUCAAUUACACCGUACAGAAAUAGAAGAAGAAGAUAAUGUAUUUGUAACAUGUAAAAAAGGACUGGGAUUAAAUCUUGGAAAUUUUGACUUUU